GCAUAUGCAGAUUGCAAAAAACAAAUAUACGAAACGUCAACUUCAACGCGGUGCUUGUUUCGCAAUCAAAUCGAUACAGAAAUACAAUGCGAACUCAAUUCUACGCAGUAUAAUUAUUUUAGGCACAACGAUUGGUUAAAAUCAAGAAUGAGUGAGCUAGAGAACAUCAACCCGAGUGUUUACGGGAAGUGCGAGGACCGUAAGAUUACCAAAGAUGAUGAAAAUGAAAAAGUAAUUGAUCCUUUUGACGAACGAGAAAUUUUCGAUCUGAUUCGCAACAUAAACGAUCCAGAACACCCUCUAACUCUGGAAGAACUUCAUGUUCUAGAGCAAAGCCUAAUAACGGUGGAUAAUGACCGAAAUACCGUGAAAGUGUUGUUCACUCCCACGAUUCCCCAUUGCAGUAUGGCUACGUUGAUAGGCCUUUCUAUACGAGUUAAAUUAUUACGAGCUCUUCCGCCACGUUUCAAAGUAGCGGUGGAAAUUAAUCCCGGCACCCAUGCCUCGGAAUAUGCGGUCAACAAACAAUUGGCGGAUAAGGAACGAGUAGCUGCUGCCCUAGAGAACACUCAUCUCAUCGACGUCAUCAAUGAGUGUAUAGCGGUUCCAAUGAAAUAACUGGUUUUAAACAAUAAACUACUUCAUUAUAUUAUUGUUAA